UCAGCACCAAGCUUACACAUCUAAAAUCUUCACAUAUCUUACAUUGUUCAAGCAUUGGAUUGAUGAAAAUUGGCAAAUGCAGAAGAUGAUCAUCGGUUUUAAGCCCAUCACAGAUCAUAAAGGGCAACCCAUUGCAGGGCAGAUCAUAAAGGAGAAUGAGAAGGUGGUUUGAUUGUGAAGGUGUCGAAAUAUGUUUUGAAUGUGUGCAUUUUUCAAAUUAUACACAUCUAACAUCUUCAAUGGUGGGAGCCUCGACUACGAACGAAGGAACUGGGUCCAACAGCAUUCUCUUGCAAAAGAGAAAACGUUCUUGGAGAUCUCCCGGUGACGGAGCGAAGAGAGAGAACCAGUCGCUGAUGCUGCUUGAUCCUGAUGUUCUAGAUUGUCCCAUCUGCUUCGAAGCAUUUAAGAUCCCUAUCUUCCAGUGUGAUAAUGGGCAUUUGGCUUGCUCUUCCUGCUGUCCCAAACUGAGUGGUAAAUGCCCUGCUUGUUCUUUCCCUAUCGGCAACAAUCGCUGCAGAGCAAUGGAGAGUGUUCUUGAAUCAGUCUUGGUCCCAUGCCCAAACGCCAAGUUUGGAUGCAACAAGAAUGUGUCUUAUGGGAAAGUAUCAACUCAUGAACAAGAAUUUGCCUUCUCUCAAUGCUCCUGCCCUGCACAAGACUGCAAUUUCACUGGAUUGUACAAUCAUCUCUACGAUCACUACAAUGAUGUUCCCCACUGUUUUAGGGAGCCUUAUGGUGUGUAUGUAACUGUAAGCUGCAUUGCGCCAUCUGCUCCUGAAGUUGGAGAGUUCUCAUAUCAUCUCUCUUACACUGUGGAUGGACACACCAUUACUUAUGGAUCACCAGAAGUAAAGAGGAUUCGUGAAGUUAGCUAUCAAACCCCACAAGAGAAUUUCAUGUUGAUACCUAACAGUUUCUUGUGUGGUGAAUUGUUGGAAAUGAAGGUUUGCAUUAAGAAAUCGAACCAAGAGUAA